AUGAAUUUUAUUGAACAUGAUUCUAGAGCAGUGAGACAAAGAUGUUUCAGAGUGCCGGGUGUUAAUGUUAGUGUACACAUUUCCCUUGUGACGUCAGACCGGGUCUGGAUCAGUGAUAGGAGUAAUCUCAUCUUGACAAACACAGCAGGUGAAAAACUAAAACAUCUGACAGAUAUUGCUAAUUUAUGGGGAAUACAUACUGUGAAUAGGGACGGAGAUUUGAUGUAUAUAGAUAGUGAGUAUAACAUUAACAAACUGUCUAUAGUCAAUGAAGCAAAGAUUACAUUUAUAAAGCAUACAGCACCAUGGGAAGCAUGGAGUGUCUACAGCUCCUCAGCUACAGGAGACCUGCUGGUCGGGAUGCGUCAUACUUAUUCAAAGACAGGCAAGGUAAACCGUUACAAUAACAUAGGACAACACAUCCAGACAAUAGAACACAAGAACACAGGUGAGGAACUGUAUCGCCUACCUAUCUACCUCACAGAGAAUCGCAAUGGAGACGUUAUUGUGUCUGACUGGAAACUUGAAGCUUUAGUGGUGACAGAACGUGGAGGAAGAUAUCGCUUCUCCUACACAGGACUUUCAGGAUAUUCUCUACACCCACGUGGAAUAUGUACAGACGCGCUGUCACGCAUCCUGGUGUGUGAUAGUUACACAAAUACAGUAGAAUUGAUUGAUCAAAAUGGUAACUUCCUGUCAAAGAUACUGACACAACAGGAUGGGUUACACUUCUUUUGCAGCCUUGGUUUCGAUGACAGAACACACCUACUCUGGAUUGGUUCAGAUUUCGACAACACAAUGGUCAUAUACAGAUAUACAAACAAGGACACACUGACAGCAGGGCUCCCAAAAUGCAAAGAUCAUCCCAGAGAUAUAUUGCAAUACUUCUGUGUCCCAUGUGGGCUUCCCCUGUGUCGGGUAUGUAGGUCUGAAAAUCAUUGUGGACACGACUCUAGAGAUGUACAGAAAAGCUUGGAGGACAUUCACACGAAGAAAGAUGGAGAUGCAGUUUUGAUGUGCCUUCUUCUAUGCCAAUCCUACAAAAUCAAUCUGGAAGAAGAACACUGGAUUAAAAAAUACAAUGCUGUUGCUGAAACAUUCAAUUUCAAGAAAUAUGAAAAGGAAUCCAGUCUUGCCAAUUUAGAGAAAUACUGUCCAGUACUUAAAUUUGACCUCCCAGAAGUUAUGUUUUCUCAUGAAUUACUCAGACAUGCUAGUUUUCUUAGAUUUGCUGAAGAUCCUAGAUUUGUGGAUAUUUUUCUGACUUGGGCAGAAAAAGAAAAUAUAGCUGAGUACUGCAGAUCAUGGCUUUACCCAAAGAAAGACGAGGAAAUCUUUUGCUGGUUAAUGCCACGACAAACACGGCGAUUGAUUGACAGUCUUGGCGAAGAUAUUUUUACACAUCCAACACUUGAGGACCCAACUGUAAACGACGCAGUAUUCAAUUAGGCAGCAGAAUUCACUUCAAAUGCGGUUUCAUGGAAUCAGCUCCUCUCUACUUGCUGUUCGUUUUGGUGUAGAAUGAAGGAAAUUUCCUCGAUAUGUGUUGAAGAACAUAAAAUUGGAAUUUUUAUCAAUGGAAAUGCAAAUAUCCAGUCCUGAAUCGUGUAAAAGUGUUAAAAAGAAUUUUACUAGAAGAUGAAGCAGAUGAUGUUGAUUCUUUAAAGUGCCUGGCUUUAAAUGUAGUGACACAUUAAUACAUUAUAAGAGAGAUAAUUCAGGGUGCCAUCAGAGAAACUUUCAGAAGAUAACAUUCUUUUUGUUCGAUUUUUUUGGAAUGCCACAUAUAUGGAAAAGGAUGUUUUAAAUAUCAAAGAAAGAAUUUUUAAAUUUCUAUUGGAAAUAAAGAGAGAAGGACCUAAUUUCAUGGAAUUCAUUUCCAUUCAUUUCACGGAAUUAUUUCAUUAAUGAUUGUGACUGUAAAAUGAAAAUGUAACCACCUGU